GCCUUGGGGUUUAAAUUGACUUGAAUGAUCCCGGUCCCAUACUUAGCACAGCCGGCUUCUCACUGACUUCAACUCAUUCUCCUCUUGCUUCCUCUCUCAGUCUUUCUCUUCAGCCCUUGUAGGAUUUCAAGUAAACAAUCAGGAGACACUAAAGGUCAGCUUGGGGGGGGCUUCCCAGCAACUGGACUAGCUUUGCAUGUAGUUUGGCUUUUUUUUUUUUUACCUGAUCCCUCUCACUGGUGUUGGAUCCUUCAGGACUGAGUGCUGCCUGCCCGGGCUGUGCAGCUGUUUUCCUCACAGACAGGCGUGUGUGAGUGUGUGUGUUCGUGCUGAGGACUUGUAGCUCAGCAGGGGUUUUUAUAGGACCGGAAACGAGCAGUCACCAUGCUCCAAAACGCUGUGUCAAACAUUUUAAAGUUCCACAAUUACAUAGAGGCGAGGACUGAUGCCAGAGUCAGAGACUACCCACUGAUGCAGAGCCCCGUACACAUGACCUGCAUCCUGUUGGCCUAUGUCCUCUUCUCGGUGUAUGUCGGACCUCGCCUGAUGGCACACCGCAAGCCUUUCCGUCUCAACGUAGCCAUGAUCGUCUACAACCUCAGCAUGGUUUUACUCAACGCAUACAUAGUCUGUGAGUUCAUGCUGUCCGGAUGGGGCACCACCUACUCGUGGAGAUGUGACCUCAUUGACUACUCAAGAAGCCCCCAGGCUCUUAGGAUGAUCCGAGUGGCUUGGUUGUUCUACUUUUCAAAAUACAUUGAACUCCUCGACACAGUUUUCUUUGUGCUGAGGAAGAAACAAAGCCAGAUCACGUUUCUCCACGUUUUCCAUCACUCCUUCAUGCCCUGGACGUGGUGGUGGGGCAUCACCUUGACUCCUGUAGGGGGAAUGGGCUCCUUCCACGCCUUGGUGAAUGCAUGCGUCCAUGUUAUCAUGUACUUCUACUACGGACUCUCUGCUGCAGGACCUCGCUUCCAGAAAUACCUGUGGUGGAAGAAGUACAUGACUGCCAUCCAGCUCACGCAGUUCGUUCUGAUCUCCGUCCACAUCAGCCAGUACUACUUCAUGAAAAAGUGCGACUACCAGAAUCCCCUUUGGAUCCACCUCAUUUGGAUGUACGGCACGUUCUUCUUCCUGCUCUUCUCCAACUUUUGGCUACAGGCCUACAUUAAGGGCAAGCGGCCGCCGCCCAGCAACGGCACGCCGAAGCUGAACGGCUCCACCCGUGAACCUAUCGCUGUGGUGGCCAAUGGGAAACACCUUGGGAACGGGACUGCAAAACACCACACAAACAGCAAAAUCGUCCUGGGCAAAGUAAAAGAAAUCUAACUCGGUGACUCUGGAAAAUGAGAAGGAGGCCCUGGAGGAGCUAUGUCAUUCAUAUCCGGGAGCACAUUGGAACGGCACAGAUUCCAAUAUGCUACUUCUUAACUUCAUAAUUGUGUAAUCAUAGUUUCUUUCUCUUAAGCACACUUGUUGGGAUAUGAAUGGCAUGUCGUGUUAGGCCGGUGAUCUCUACUUUGCCACGUCGUGUUUGUUAGUUGCUGCGAAAUCUGUUAACUGUGAUGAACACUGCAUGACGACAUUUGGUGCUCGUUUUUUCUCACUGAUAGUAUUUUUCAACUUGGGCUCGACCCACACAGUUUCAACUCACACUAACUGCUGUUUAUCUGGCAUGACUUUGUCGCUUGGGAGCAUCACACAGUUUCCACUGAAGGCUAGCACAUUUAAAUAACUGCUACUAAGUUACAUUGUAAAUGUCAAAUAUUUAGUUUUUUUUUCAGUUUUUUUUUGUUUGUUUGUUUGUUUAGUUUUUUUUAUUUAUCUUUUCAAAUAAAAUAAGUUUUAGAUAAAGGUCUGUGUCAUUUGGAAAGCAAUUACGGUGUGCACUUUGUAAGACACAUGCCGCACCUCAAUUUUUCAAUUUGUAAGAACUGUGGAAAAGAAAUGUUAUACUGUAUAUUACAGUAUUGAUGCAUUUUGCAUUUUUGCAUAAUAAGGUAGUGUGAUAUACCCUGCUUUUGAAUGUUCAUCCAUAUGAAUCCAUUCUGAGUUUUGCAAGACUGUAUGGUCUUUUCUCGCAGCACCCUGUGUGCAUAAUGAUAAGAAAUAAAAUGCUUUUCUAUUAAAUUAGGAUGAAAUUUUAAAAAA